AUGGUUAGAUAUUCUACUGAACCCAAAGAAGCAACGAAGUACGCAAAGACUCGUGGUUCUUAUUUACGAGUUCACUUCAAGAAUACGCGCGAGACUGCCAAGGCAAUAUCUGGAAAAAAACUAACUUAUGCCAUUAAAUACCUCAAUGAUGUUAAAGAGCAUAAGCAGGCUGUUCCUUUUAGACGGUUCCACGGUGGCGUUGGUCGUUGUGCUCAGGCCAAAGCUUUUGGCUGUACUCAAGGUCGAUGGCCCGUAAAGAGUGCUGAAUUUCUAUUAGGACUUUUAAAAAAUGUUCGAAGUAAUGCGGAGGUUAAAGAAUUGGAUAUAGAAAAUUUAAUCAUCUCUCACAUCCAAGUGAAUCAAGCUCCUAAGCAAAGACGAAGAACCUACAGAGCUCAUGGUCGUAUUAAUCCUUACAUGAGUAGUCCAUGCCAUAUAGAAAUCAUCGUUACUGAAGAAGCUGCUCAAGUAAAACGUGAAAGUGAUAAUACUAAGGUUCAAAGACGACUUAAUAGCAGGCAACUUGCUAGAAAAAGACUGACCGCAUCUUCUCAAGCUCAAGCUCAAGCUCAAGCUCAAACUCAGGCUUAA